AUGAACACCAAAAGUUGUCUUCUCUUUUCUCUAAUUGCUAGCUUGUGUAACGGUGCCAAUAUUUUAUUCUACAACUCGGCGAGGGUCGGCCAAUCUCACAUGUUCUUUAUGGGCAGAUUGGCCGACUGGCUGGUAGAAGCCGGACAUAAUGUGGUAGGUUCUGUAGUUGUUGGAGGAAUGAAUAGUGUUGUCGGAAGGGAUCGAAUCGGUCCGUUUUUAAUUUGCUUACAAUUAGCCUAGGCUUUUUGUCAUUUAUAUAUGUUCAUGUGGAAGACCAGUAUAGUCUAAUACAGUGGAGGACCCGAUCCAGUGGCAAAAAACCUACCAUUUUGCAUCCGGGAAGUAUCAAGAAUGUGGAAAAAUACCUCCCUUUCCAAAUGAAGAAAACCUUCGAUAUAAACGCUUGAGGGAAAGGGAAGUUUCUUCAAAACGAAUUUUUUUUUGCUUGGAGAGGGAAGCAUUUUGCCACAUUUUUGGUGCUUCCCGGACGCAAAAUGGCACGUUUUUUGCCACUGGAUCAGGUCCCCCACUGUACAAAAAAACCUGCGCUAUUAUGAAUUCAGGACGUCUAAUUAGUUUUUCUCUUCAUCAUCUAUACGUUGGGGAUCUCACCGUGGCGAUAUCAAAAAAUUGAUUCUCCUAGUAUUCCACAAUGCCUGGUUUACUCGUUUAUCGCAAUUUUUCAGACAUUCUAUCAACAAGAUCUCCUUGAAAAUUCCAGUAACACCGGAACAAAAUUAGCGCAUACAGUUGUGCGUCAAAAAAUCCCCUUGGAAAGGGAUGACGUCGGUCAGUCGAUAUAUUGGUUGCCGUUUGAUGAGGCCACUUUUAAGGUAAUUCUUUAUUCAUACCCCUGCAAAUUUAAAUACUGUAUUUUACACUUACUCUUCAGUUCAUGAAAAACUAUGGCUAUCUUCAAGGAGUGGCUUGUGAAUGUAAGCGUUUUGAAAAAAGGCUUUGCAAAUAUACCUCAACGAAUCUUAUAACCUACAGCGACUUUGUUUUAGCUCAACUCCAAGACCCUGAAUUGGCAAAAAGGCUAAAAAAUGAGAAAUACGACUUUGCUGUUAUUGAAUAUUUUGAUUUUUGCUCGUAUGCGAUGCUGGAGAAAGCGGGAAUUAAGAAAUAUGCUACAACUUCCGCUUUGAUUCCAUCGAAUUCAAUUCCAAUAGCGUUGGGAGUCCCAGCUGGAUUGGGUGUUAUUCCAGGUGAGCUCUUAUUUACAGUACACCACACACAUUACAGUAUGCUAACAAGGAAAGUACUUUUAUGGGGUAUGGAGUUACAGAUCGAGAAAUAUCUCAAAAAAAUCGCAAAAUAUUUCUGCCUCAGAAUAUGUAAAAACUAGCUGCCCAAUUAUAGUUUGUAAUGGCGAAAAAAUCCUCACAAGGGCUCGGCAAAACCUCGUCCCUUGGUUUUAUCUUGAGGCAUAUACCAUUCGAAACAGGGUAAAAAACUGGUCUACGGCCACCUUGAAUUAGCUGUUAUUAUUCACUUACGCGCUGGCUAGCGCAUUUGUGUGGUGUUGCGAGAAAAGUUCUGAUGUUUUUUCGUCCUUACAAGCCAAAGUUCGGCAGCUAGUUUUUACAUAUUCUAAAUCAUAAAAAAUUUUGCGAUUUUUUCGAUAUAUGUCUGGACCUGUAACUCCCUAUCCGAUAGAAGUACCUUCCUUGUAAAACAGCAAAGACAUUCAAGAUUUUUUAUCAUUACAGCUUGGCUUGACAUUCUCAGCGAGACCCCCACAUUUUACGAACGUCUGCUCGCCAUGUACAACCAUAUCCGCGGCCUUUUCCGCCUGUCCAAAGCCGCAAGCGGCAGACAAAUCCAAGCGAUCAAGAAAUACCACGAUCCCCAUUUCAAUGCGCUUCACAAAAUUGCCGGCAGCUCUUACAUUUUCGUCAAUAUUGAUGAGCAUCUCACCUUCCAGCAACCAAUAUCUCCAAAAAUGAUUUUCCUCGGAAGCUCAGACGUCAAGAAGCAGCCUGAGGCGUUGAGUUCGGAUUUCAAAAACAUCGUGGACAGUGCAGAACAAGGAGUUGUUGUUAUUUCCCUAGGUUCCACGGUAAAAAGUUCUGAGAUGCCGUUGCCUUUGAAGGACGCGCUUGUGGAGACGGUGAAGAGCUUCCCCGAUGUAAGCUUCAUUUGGAAAUACGAGAUUGUUGAUGAGGUUGGAGCGAAUCUCACGAAUCUGUACAAGAGAAAAUGGAUCCCUCAGCAUGAGUUGUUCGGUAAGGAGCGGCUUUUUAAAAAUAACAAAUACCUAUCGAUGUAUUAAAAUAUAUCGGUGGGUAUUUGUUAUUUCUUAACAUACAGAAGGGGACCUGAUCCAGUAGCAAAAAACGUACUAUAGUGCAUCCAGGAAAUAUCAAAAAUGUGGCAAAAUGCUUCCCUCUCCAAGUGAAAAAACUCCGAUUUCGGCCGCUCUUUUUGUGAGAGAAAGAGCGCGCCCUUCAAAACGAAGUUUUUUCACUUGGAGAAGGAAGCAUUUUGCCACAUUUUUGAUGCUUCUCGGAUGCAAAAUGGUAUGUUUUUUGCCACUGGAUCAGGUCCGCGACUGUAAGCACAACGCCUAUUUUGGCCAAAUUAGAAGGUAUAACAUUCUCUCCAAAUUUCAGCCAAUCCCCGAGUACUUGCGUUUGUAACACAUGGCGGAUUAAACAGUUUAAGUGAGACGGCCGAAAUGGGCGUCCCAGCAAUUUGCCUGCCUCUUUGUAAUGACCAAGCACAGAACUGCCAAGCUCUUCAAGCUCAUGGGAUUGCAAUUAUGAUCGGGAAAAAUUGUGAUGCCCGAGUCUUGAAACAAGCGCUGGAAAAGGUGUUGAAUGAUGAAAGGUCAGUAAAUACAGAAAUAGUGGAUGCCCACAGUAGUCUAAUAUAUCUUCGACACCGCUUCUGAAUAACUGAAAAAUUAUUUUUCCAGUGUCCGCCAGAAAGCCAAGAACAUGGCGGAUCUCAUAAGUCACAAGCCGUUCUCUGCUAAAGAAAGAUUCGUCCGGUAUAUUGACCAUGCCAUUAAGUUUGAUGUUGCCGAAGCGUUGGACAUCAAGAGUAGAAAUCAUGGGCUUAUCAGGGCUCAUAAUCUGGAUUAUCUAUUAUAUUUCUCUGUGCUCUUGUUCGCCGUUCUCUCAGUAGUUUACCACUCCGUCAAGUUGACACUGCGCUUGUUCUGGAGGGUAUUACUGUCUAGAUUGGUAACGAAAACGAAGAUUGAGUAG